ACGGCGACGCCAGCUCCGCUGUGACCCCACGCAAGGACAAGCGUCGGCGUGGCAACACAGCCCCCCCUCCCCGCCGCCGCUGCCGAGGCUUAAUCCCGUCCUUUUUCCUCAUCUCACGCUGGAAGAUGGAGGAAUCCGUCCUCUAUCCCCAUCUCAUGCCGGGAGGUGAUAACUGCCUUCCCCACGGCCCAGCCACCGAGGCAGCGCCGUCCUCUCUUUAGACAGCCCAGCGCUUGGAUGCCUUCAGCCUCCCAGGAUGUCCUGUGGUAACCCUUGCCCCUACAGAAGGACCUGCCUGCUUUAGCCAACUCAUCCUGCCAGUGAUGGCCUUGACGCCCCAGUGAGGACAUAAGAACAAGGAGCAAACCCCCGCAACACCACCACAUCCCCCGGGAGAGCCAUGGAGGCCCCUCUGGAUGUGCCUGUAGGGAACCUCAUUGACUUCGAUGGCGAAACACCCACCGGCAUCCCCACGGAGCCCUCUCCUCCCACAGCCCCUGGUGACAACGGGCACCUGGAGGGCACAGGGGAUGUCGCCGGGGAGGAGAGCGAUGCCACCGAGUCUGCAGACAGCGAGAAUGACAUGGGGGACUCUCCCAGGCACUGGGGGGGCUACCACCGCUCCUCCUCCAACGAGUCCUUCUCCUCCAGCCAGAGCACCGAGUCCUCCCGGGACGAGGUGAUGGCCGAGCGCCGGGAGUUCAUGAGGCACUACGUGGAGAAGAUCUUCAGUGGGGGAGAGGAUUUGGACCAAGAGGAGAAGGCCAGGUUUGGUGAGCUCUGCAGCAGUGAGAAUGGGAAGGGCAGAGAGUGGUUUGCAAGAUACGUGAGUGCCCAGCGCUGCAACUCCAAGUGCGUCUCAGAGCAGACCUUCUACCGCCUGAUGCAGUCCUUCGCCCUCGUGCUGUUUGAGUGUCACCAGAUGGAUGAUUUCAGCCCUGCCAAGAACCUCAUGACCAUGUGCUUCACCUACUACUAUGUGGGCAAGGCCCACUCGCUGCCCUUGGAGGCCAAGGAGAAGCCCACAGGCAGCAUCGACUCGUACCUGAGGUCGGCGAACAGUUGGCUGGCGGAGAAGAAGGACAUCGCCGAGCGGCUGCUGAAGAACACAUCGGCCAAGACAGAGAACGUCAAGGGCUUCUUCGGGGGCCUGGAGACCAAACUGAAGGGUCCUACCACCAAAAAGAACGAUGAAGGUGAGGACAAACCAAAGGAGAAGCUGAAGAAGACAGUUUCCGUGCAGAGCCCAGAGGAGGAGAAGAAGGGAGAGAAGAUCUACCUGUACAUGCACCUGAAGCAGCAGCCCAUCUGGCACAACCUGCGCUUUUGGAACGCUGCCUUCUUCGACGCCGUGCACUGUGAGCGCAGGAAGCGGUCCCCCACCACCAGAGGGAACACUGGGGAGGAAGAGGAGCAGAGGGAGAAGUGGUGCCACAUGACGCAGGAGGAGCGUGACGACAGCCUCCGCUUCAAUGAGAACAUCACCUUCGGGCAGCUGGGCACCUUCAUCCACAACAUGCUGGCCUUUGGCCUGAACAAGAAGCUCUGCAGUGACUUCCUGAAGAAGCAGGCAACCAUUGGCAAUUUGGAUGAAGAGCAAUACAAGCUGCUCAGUGACCACAUCGAGCAGAUGGCUACUGAAUAGCCACUUGUCCAGCACACCGUGGCAGAGAGGUGGAGGCUGGUGGGAGGGGAGAGAAAUCUAUCUCCAGGGCUACCUGGAACUGAAGUUGGGCUACUUAAAACCAGUCAUCCAGACAAGCUGCAAUAAAACCUGCAUGAUCAUCCACUGAACCGUCAAGCUGCACCAGGGCAGCCUGUAGACAUAGAAGCCAAACAGCUCCCCCCUUCCCUCUGCAGACCUCCCCUCAUCUAUUUGCAGAGUAGUCAGACCCAGAAGUGUACUUUGUCAGUUAAAAACAAACAAACAAACAAACACAACAACAAAAAGCCACAAGGGAAAAGCAAAAAGUGACUGCUGCAGCCCCCAGGGGUGUUUGUGGGACCGGGUUCGGCGUCUCUUCAACCCCUGCUGUGAUAUGAUGCUUGUGGUCUUCAGUAUUUCAUGGCACAGUGGUGGUGGCUGCAGAGCUGCCAAAUAUCUUUGCUGCUCAGUGCCUUUCUGAGGCUGCCAUGGAGAGGUGCAAAUCCAGAGGAAUCCAAGGCUGUAAGUUUCCUGCUUGCCUUUUCCAACCGGCACCCUCUGGGUGAGGACAACUGAGGCUGGAGCUGGAGGGUGAUGGCAUGGGCCACAUCCAGCUGCUGUGGCUGCAUCCAGACACUGAAGGAAGCCACUGCCAGGACAGACCAGUUGGUUCUACCUCCAGUUUGACCUGCCUCCCUCUGGAAUGAGGCACUGGACAUCCACAACACAUGGGUUUGUCCUCAGAUGGCUGCUGAGGAUGGUGAUGGGAUGAGCAGCUGACGAGGGAUGCUCUGGGUGUCUCCCAGAGGUUGUGUUAUGUAUCCAGGGAUGUCACCACUGGCUGGGGACAUGGGCAGUGUGAGAGCUUGUUGGAAGCAGAGAUGAGGCUGCUAUCCUUGAUGUACUGUUCCCUUGGAGCUGGAAAUCCUUUCCUUGGGAAAUCUUCCCUGUGCUGCUUGUUGGGUUUGAGAUCCCAGAGCAGGCACAAAACACAGUUUGAUCCAUAUCAUCAGCCUGGAUCAGCAGGAAUAAAGCCAUGGGUGGGAUUGCUGGGAGAGGAGACAGAGAAGCAUCACCUGGUUUCCUGCAACAACCAUGGUGUUGGAUUAAUCAUCCUCCUUCUCUAGGCUUCAUCUCACUGUCUUCUCUUCCCCCAAGACUUUCCCUCCAGCUCAUCAUCAACUAAACCUUGUUAUGAGCCAAGUCCAGGUUUCCAGGGAGCACCAGGCCAGUUUUCCUCAUGCUCUCAGCUUUAUCCCAUAAGAUAAAUAGCAUAACAGGCUUCUUUUUCUCCCCUCUGUAGCCCUUGGUUUCUGGUGCAUUUCUAGGUGUACAAUGUUGGGUUUAACCUCAACUGGGAAUGGGUUGGUGGGGAAAGGUUUUUAGUGGGGUGAAGGUUUAUCCUCAACUGGGAAUAGAUUUUUAGGGAAAGGUUUUUAGUGGGGUGAAGGUUUAUCCUCAACUGGGAAUGGAUUACUGGGGAAAGGUUUUUAGUGGGGUGAGAGUUUAACCUAAACUGGCAAUGGAUGAUUGGGGAAAGGUUUUUAGUGUGGUGAAGGUUUAUCCUCAACUGGGAAUGGAUUACUGGGGAAAGGUUUUUAGUGUGGUGAAGGUUUAACCUAAACUGGGAAUGGAUGAUUGGGGAAAGGUUUUUAGUGGGGUGAAGGUUUAACCUAAACUGGGAAUGGAUGAUUAGGGAAAGGUUUUUAGUGUGGUGAAGGUUUAACCUAAACUGGGAAUGGAUGAUUGGGGAAAGGUUUUUAGUGUGGUGAAGGUUUAUCCUCAACUGGGAAUGGAUUACUGGGGAAAGGUUUUUAGUGGGGUGAAGGUUUAACCUAAACUGGGAAUGGAUUACUGGGGAGAGGUUUUUAGUGUUUUGAAGGUUUAACCUAAACUGGGAAUGGAUUACUGGGGAGAGGUUUUUAGUGUGGUGAAGGUUUAACCUAAACUGGGAAUGGAUGAUUUGGGAAAGGUUUUUAGUGUGGUGAAGGUUUAACCUAAACUGGGAAUGGAUGAUUGAGGAAAGGUUUUUAGUGUGGUGAAGGUUUAACCUAAACUGGGAAUGGAUGAUUAGGGAAAGGUUUUUAGUGGGGUGAGAGUUUAACCUAAACUGGGAAUGGAUGAUUGGGGAAAGGUUUUUAGUGGGGUGAGAGUUUAACCUAAACUGGGAAUGGAUUAUUAGGGAAAGGUUUUUAGUGUGGUGAAGGUUUAACCUAAACUGGGAAUGGAUGAUUGGGGAAAGGUUUUUAGUGUGGUGAGGGGCUGCAGGAGGGAACUAAGAUGCACAAAUGUCCCCUUCAGCAGCCCCUCACCCCCCAACCCCCCCAUUUUGCUGAAGCAUGAGCAUCAGAAAGCUCAGUACCACAACCUGCAUCCAGUAGCCGCACUCCAGUUUUCCCCUGAAUCCAGCUUUGUUUCUUUACUGUUCUUUCUUUUCCAACCUAAAAAAGAGUUUGGGGGGGGGGGAAAGAGCUUAGUGAGGGAAAAAAAAUAUAUUAUUUGCAUGUGUAUUUUUGUAAAAAAAAAAAAAAAAGGAAAAAAAGAAAAGAUAUAAAAAAAUAAAGUCAAAUAAAAAAGAAUUAAACAAAAAAACAACCUUAAACCCUUCCUGGUUGGGCUUGAAUGAAGACUGGGGUAAGAAAGAGAAAGAUUGGAAUAAAUUUAUCUUCAAGAUGA